CUGUUAGUGCAGACAAAAAAUGCGAGACGUUUACGUUUACAUAUUUAGAUGUUAAACGCAAAAAAUGAGCCAAUACAGUCACGUUAAGUACACCACAUCGCCAACGCCAUCCGUGGUGUCUGGCUAUUCUAGUGCAUCGCGGCUGCAAUCGCCGUUGCCACCGCCAGUUGGCUAUCGCAAGGAUUGCCUCUCAGCGACAUCAAAAAGUUACAAAUAUCUGCGACGAUUGCUAAAAUUCAAUCAAAUGGAUUUUGAAUUUGCGCUCUGGCAAAUGAUCUACUUGUUUAUAGCGCCACAGAAAGUGUACAGAAAUUUCAAUUACAGGAAACAAACGAAAUCUCAGUUUGCUCGCGAUGAUCCCGCAUUUCUGGUGCUGCUUGUGAUUUGUCUAUGUGUAACCUCUCUGGGAUUCGCAUAUGUACUUGGCCUGUCCAUUUGGCAGAGUAUUUCCUUUAUUUUCUAUGUGGUUUUCGUCGACUGCAUCUUUGCUGGCAUCAUAAUAGCAUCAUUUUUUUGGGCCGUUACAAACCGCUAUUUGCGAACCAGUAAUCUAGAACCGGACAUUGAGUGGGGCUAUGCAUUUGAUGUGCAUCUCAACGCAUUCUUUCCGCCGCUAAUGCUGCUGCAUUUUAUUCAGUUGUUCUUUUACAAUUGGCUGAUAAGUCAGACUUGGUUCAUUUCGCGUUUCCUGGGCAACUCCUUCUGGCUGAUGGGCAUGAGCUAUUAUGUGUACAUCACUUUUCUUGGCUAUAACUGUAUUCCACAUUUGAAAAACACGCGUCUUAUACUCAUUGCGCUGCCCAUUAUCUUUCUGUUGUAUCUCGUCGUCACUAUCAUAGGCUGGAAUGCAACAAUUUCGUUUGUAAACUUCUAUAAAUAUCGCGUGUAUUGAACAUUACCAUAAGUGACGUGGAUUGUAAAUUAUUUUGCUUUUAAGCUCUUAGGCGCUCCCUACAAUAAUGACUAAUAAUGUAAUACUAUCAACUGUAGCGUAAUCCAUGUUGAAAUACAUAUUUAACUUCCCAUAA